AUGUGUUCAUGUUGCUUUAGCACAAAGAAAAAAGAAGAAUUUUACCAUUUAAGAGGUAAUAACAAGCUAUAUGUACAUUCAACCUGUAAUCAAUAUAAUAACAAUAGGCAAAAGAAUAUACAAAAAGAAAAUGAUUUGCUUACCAGGAAAAAGUCAAAACUUGAAGCUAGUCUGAAUGCACCUAUUUUAAAUAUUUCUACUACAAUAUCUCAAACAAGUACUAGUUCAAGUAAAUCUCUUUCUGACCUCAUAGAUCUUGAACUAGAUGAUAAUGCUUAUGUUUAUGAAGAAUUCUCUCCAGAACUUUUUCAAAAAAUCAAUGAAGGUGAUAAUGCCAAUAGACUUCUUUAUACUCUAGAUAAAAUAGAGAAGUUUGUUACUAAACAGUUUCAGAAUGCGGAAAAUUUAAACAAAUCUGUACAACUAAUUUUCGAAAUCGAAUUAGAUUCAAAACUCAUUGAGAGCGUUUUUUCGAAUUAA